AUGUCUGAGGGCAUUACUCCAAAGCACUACCUGUACUCAACCCUUAAAGGGUGCGAAAGGAACCGGGAAAGGGUUGCCUUCCAGAUGGAUGAAGAGGAAGGCUCUCCCUGCGGCUCCAUUAGCCAACUUCACUGCAUGGCCGACAGUUACAACAAGGGUUGUGGCGGACGGGAUGGAGUCGAACUGGAAGCGGAGUUGGGAUUGGCCUCUGAGGGGAGCGACAGUAGCCAUGAGCACCCGGCCUCGUCUGGCUCCCCACAUGCCGACAGGAAGCGGCCACGCCCACCCUUACACGAGGAUGUAGAGAUGGGGGGCAGUGGCUCGAGUGGGAGCGGGACAGAAUCCCAUGGUAACGAGUCGCAUGGCAAUGAGUCCCAUGGCAAUGAAUCUGUGAGCAGCUCAAAUGUCAAUGGCAAGGAUUCUGCUUUCUUGGAGUCUUCAAUGAGCAACAAGAGCUCAAACUCUCACAGCCCCUCGCCACCAAGCAGCUCCAACGCCUUCAGUCUGGUGAGCUCCGAGCAGGACAACCCUUCAACCAGCGGCUGCAGCAGCGAACAGUCUGCCAAAGCUAAGACACAGAAGGAGCUCUUCAAGACCAUCAAGGAGCUGAAGAUGCACUUGCCAUCGGAAAAGAGGAGCAAGGGCAAGUCCAGCACUGUCAACACGCUCAAAUAUGCGCUGCGAUGUGUCAAACAGGUGAAAGCCAAUGAAGAAUACUACCAGUUGCUGAUGAUUAAUGACAGUCAACCACCAGAGUUUGAUGUAUCAUCCUACACCAUCGAAGAAAUCAACAGCAUCACCUCUGAAUACACCCUCAAAAACACUGAUAUUUUUGCUGUUGCCGUCUCACUCAUCACUGGGAAAAUAGUUUACAUCUCGGACCAGGCGGCAUCCAUCUUGAACUGCAAGGAGGAAGUGUUUAACAAUGCCAAGUUUGUGGAGUUCCUGACACCUCAGGACGUCAGCGUGUUCUACAGCUUCACCACGCCCUACCGCCUGCCCUCAUGGAGGAUGUGCACCGAAGCAGACUUGUCUCCCACAGAGUGCAUGCAGGAGAAAUCCUUUUUUUGCCGCAUCAGUGGUGGCAAGGAGCGCGAAGGAGAUUUGCAGUACUAUCCUUUUCGUAUGACUCCAUACCGGAUGAAAGUCCAGGAUGCUGAGCUGACUGAGGAACAGUUCUGCUGCCUCCUGCUGGCCGAGAGGGUGCACUCUGGUUACGAAGCACCCAGAAUUCCUACUGACAAGCGUAUCUUCACCACCACACACACACCCAACUGUGUGUUCCAGGAUGUGGAUGAGAGGGCUGUUCCUCUGUUGGGUUACCUCCCUCAGGACCUGAUCGGGACCCCUGUGCUACUCAAUCUGCACCCAAAUGACCGCCCCUUGCUGCUGGCUGUGCAUCGGAAAAUUCUGCAGUAUGCUGGAACACCAUUCGAUUACUCCUCAAUCCGUUUCCGUGCAAGAAAUGGCGAGUACAUCACCAUUGAUACCAGCUGGUCGAGCUUUGUCAACCCCUGGAGUCGCAAGGUCUCCUUUGUCAUUGGCAGGCACAAAGUCCGCACGGGUCCUGUGAAUGAAGAUGUUUUUGCAGCACCAGUUUUCCACGGAGGGAAGAUCAUGGACUCAGACAUCCAGGAAAUUAGUGAACAGAUCCACAGGCUGCUACUCCAACCAGUCCACAACAUCGGCUCAAGCGGUUAUGGUAGCCACGGCAGCAAUGGUUCCCAUGAGCAACUGGUGAGCAUCAGCUCGUCGGGCGAGAGCAACGUCAACGUUGUGGAGGAGACCUACAAGGCCAAGCCUUCCAGGACGUUCCAGGAGAUUUGUAAAGGGGUCCACAUGCUGAAGAACCAGGACUCCCAGGUCUGCCUGCGCUUCCCUCCUCCUUGGCCCUCACCGUCGCCAACUAAGCCUGAGCAGAAGAAGACCUCUGAAACAAUAGUGGCAGCUCAAAAGAGUCCAGCGGUGCGUUUGAGAGACUCAGCGCCCCCUCUGCAGGUCAAAGACAGUACGGCAGCCAGCAUGGAGGACUUCACCUGCAAGGACCAGACUGUCUGCUCCUACCAGCAGAUCAGCUGCCUCGACAGUGUCAUCAGGUACCUGGAUAGUUGUAACAUCCCCAUCACAGUGAAGAGGAAGUACCAGUUCUCCAUCUCCGAUGAUGACAAGAAGGGCUCAGAGGAUGGCAUGCAAGCGCCUCAGGACACAAACCCAGAUGCCCAGCCAGGACUGUCAAACAUGAAAGCACCUAAGAAGCCUUCAUCUGGGGCAGUGGCUGUGGUGGGAGGUUCCCUGGCACCCCUCACCCUACCAAGCAAGGCUGAGAGUGUGGUGUCAAUCACCUCACAGUGCAGCUACAGCAGCACCAUUGUCCAUGUGGGAGACAAGAAGCCUCUGCCAGAGUCUGAGAUUAUUGAGGAUGUUGUCGAAAGUCCUGUGCCCCUGGCUCAGCCUGUCAGCGUGGUGUCUCCACCCAGCCAGGAGAAGGAGGCCUACAAACGGCUGGGACUGACCAAACAGGUUCUGGCUGCACACACCCAGAAAGAAGAGCAGGCCUUCCUCAAUCGCUGCAGAGAGCACUGCAACGCCAGGACCUUCCAGAAGGACUGUUUCACAUAUCUCCACAGAGAGCAGAGAGGCCCAGUCAGUGCUGAAGAAUCAUCUGCUCUUCAAAGUUCUGCCAAACAAGGCACCACCAGGCCUGAGACCACUGCCAAGAAGGGCAACCGCAACAGGAAAACCAAGAAGCCACGUAUGAAGCAUCCUGAUUCAUCAGACAGCGGCGUAUCAAACCGUAAACCCCGGCCACCUCUCCAGGGUCUCAACCAAACCUCAUGGUCCCCAUCAGAAAAAUCCCAGUCAGCUUUCAAUGUCUCGUACCCUGCUUAUCCGCUCUACCCCACUGGAUCUGCAGCCCCAGCUCAGGCCCCCCUGCCUGACUGCUCCCUUUCCACAGGCUUUGGAGAGGGGCAGAGCACUCAAGGCCCAUCUACUGCCUCUCCAUUUGGUGCAACCAUUGUUACACCUGUGGUAGCUCUGGUGCUACCCAAUUACAUCUUCCCCCAAAUAGGACAGUUAGGUCACAUUGGGCAGCUGGGGGCUGCUCCUAGACCAGCGUUUUUCCCUGAGCAGACCCAGACGCAACCUGCAUACACUUCUCAGCAGCUCUUUCAGCCCCCACAGCCAGGCUACUCCAUGCAAACCCAACCCCCCUAUAACAGCCAACAGCCGUUCCCUGUGCAAACUACCUUUACCCCCCAGCAGCCAUUCCAAUCUGCUCACACCCCCUUCACUACCCAGCAGCCUUUCCAGGGCGCUCAGACUGCCUAUACUACCCCGCAGCCUUUCCAAACCACACAGACCCCCUACACUCCCUCGCAGCCUUUCCAAACCGCACACACCCCCUACACUGCCCCCCAGCCAUUCCAGGCUGCUCAGACUUCCUACACUACCCAGCAGCCCUUUGCUGCCCAGCCUUCUUUUCCAGUGCAGACUCAAUUUGUGGCCCAAACCCCGUAUCCUGCUAAGACCUUCCCUAUGGCUGUGGAACCCCAAGAAGGGGCAGGAUCACGUUCCGCCACUCCAGCCUCUGGAGCAAGAGAGCCUCUCACGUCCCCGCGACUGUUCGAGUCACGGUGCAGCUCGCCCCUGCAGCUCAAUUUGCUGAGCACGGAGGAGGGACAGCGCUCAGUGGAACGGCAGGACAGCGCUGCGCCACUUGCUGGUUGCCACGGCUACAGUACAGUAGCUCCACCGGGGGCAGCUGGAGGAGCAGUGGAGAAGAACGAAAAAACCCAACAGGUGGAGUCUCCAGAAGAUCAGGCUCAAAGUGACAGUAACUCCUCAUCCUGCGACUUGCUGGACAUCCUGCUUCAGGAGGACUCACACUCUGGGACUGGAUCAGCCACCUCCUGGCCACCUGGCUCCAUGGCCUCAGGAUCGGGCUCAGGCUGCAAUGGCUGUGAUACAUCAGCUAGUGGAGCUUCUGGCAGCAGAACAGGGAGCAGCAACACCAGCAAAUACUUUGGCAGCAUUGACUCUCUGGAACACAACCCCAAGACCAAAGCCAAGAUGAUCAGUAAAGGAGACUCUGAAGGCGGCCGGCAGACAAAAAUCUCCAUCCAAGGCGAGGGAGAGCUUUUUAUCAAAAAUGUUCUCCAGGAGCCCCUCUGGCUGCUGAUGGCAAAUACUGAUGACAAGGUCAUGAUGACAUAUCAAAUUCCAUCCAGGGACAUUCAGAGGGUUCUGCGAGAAGACAAGGAGAGGUUGAGGCAGAUGCAAAAGAGCCAGCCUCACUUCUCCUCAGACCAGCGACGAGAGCUAGUAGAGGAACACCCCUGGAUGAGGAGGGGAGGUCUACCUGCUGCUAUCAAUGUAAAGGAGUGUGUGUAUUGCGAGGACGCCGCGGCGGCCCCAUUCGAGGAGGACCUGUCACACAUGGAAAUGGGCGAGAUGGGCGAGGAGCUGAGCCAAGAGGUCCAGAACGGCGUAAGCCAAUCAGAGGAGUCUCAGCCCCAAGCAGACACUGGCUGAUGAACAUGCACGCUGCCAACGGGGGGGGGGACGGGGACGACACUCAACCAGCCUUGGACAUUUGUGAUGCGCACACGCACACAUUGUAAAUGUGAGACAAAAAGCUAUGUGCCUGACCGCCUUUACAAACACAUCGUUAACUCAAGCAGAACUCCGUGUUGCCAUUGUUGUGAAGAUGAGGAUGUGUGCCGCUCUUGUGUUGUCUUGUGUUGUGCAGAGGAAUGCAGCUGGAGUGCAGUUCCUAAGCUGCCCAUACAGGGGGCAGUAUCGCUUCAUUUGGGUCUUUGUAUACAUGACCCUCAUGUAGUUCUUUUGUCAGCUCACACACACACACAGACACACACACACACUUUCUCUCUCUUUCUCUCCCUUACUGAAAGAACCUGGGCACAGCCUGUUUUAGUUGGUGACCUUUGGUCUACCAGAUAUUUAUUUAUUUAAUUGUUUCCCAUCCUUGUCCAAGGCAGAGUUUUACAGCAACAUAAGCAGUUAUUAUUCUCAAAAAGCUAAUAGUUAAUGAGCAUAUUUUAAACAUCUUAUAAAUAUAUGUGAUUUUAAGCAUUUUAUUUUGACAGUAUAACUGUCUUAAAUUCAUUUAAAUCAUUUUUUAUGUUAUUAACAAGCGGAUGUUAAAAUACUAGUUCUAAUGUUUGUGUUUUCUUGUAUUGCCCCAUGAUCUUAUUUAAGCCCCUCAAACCUCCUUUGUUUUCCCAUUGUUGACAAUGUGGAAUAGUUCAGUCAGGACCACUUUGUCCAACUAGAUUAAUUCAUCUGCAGUUUGUAUUUGGCGGUAUGGCUUUGUUCUGGGGCCUCCUCCCACUUCCACGUGCAUACUUGGAAAGCGGGGAGUAUGAUCCCCAUAGGGUACAGAACAGAGCAGCAUCAGUGACAGACACGGCAUUGAUUAAGUUAGACAACAUACAUUUUAAAGGAGGAGUUGGGGUGAAGGUGGGUUGCAAGCGCGAGCAGAGAUUCAGCAAGCAGAGAUAACAGCCGAGCUUGACUCUGUGACCUGGCAGAACUUACGCUAUGCUUUAUUUGUGGUUCACAUUGGAUGAUGUUGGCUGGGUCAAAAGGAAGGGACCCCCUCCUCUGUAUAAUGGACGAGUUUCUAGCUCCCUACUCUCAAAUUUAGUAUUUGCAGUAUCCAUGCACGGAGCAGUGUGCACCUGACUCAACAGGCAGCAGAAGGACACGCAGGCUGAUAAUAACUUUCCUAAACCGUGACAAUGUGAUACAUUGCACAAGCCAUUCAUUUUUUCAUGAAUAUAUAUAUAUAUAUAUAUAUUUUUAUAAAUAAGACGAAAUGACGAAAUUUUACGAAAUGAACAUCAUGCUGUAUUGAAGAUGACUUGGAACGACCGAUUGAGGCCAAAAACGUGUGAGGAAAAUGUUUACUGAGACAACAAAUCAAGUGAAAAGUGUGGUAAUUUUCCUAAAGACUAACACACAAAUGGACUUCUUUUUGGAGCCAGUGGUGUUGUCCCCUGCUGGACAUGAGGUAGAAUGCAGGUCUUUAUUGUCUUCACUUUUCAGGCACGGAAGUUGCUGCUCACCAUAAACUGCAGGAUAUUAUAGUCACUUUAAGCUUUCCAGCUAUAAACUGGAGUUAGCUAUUCCUUUUCACCGAAAAACUUCAAAAGUGUUGUAGUCCUCUACAGAACCCUAAAACAGCACAGGUGCUAUGAAGAAAAAGGCGUCACCACAGAUUUAGAAGCUGCUGAAAUACGUUUUGUUAACAACUGCAGAAAUUGAUCCAUUAAAAAGCAGAGGUUGUGGUAUGGUGGUUGUCCUCUUGUUUAGAGUCUGCAAAUCAAGGUCAAAGCUGAAGAGAUGUUUUUUUGUAUUGUAUUCACACUGGGAAGGUCCUUGGGAUUAGCGUUUCCCUUUCACCUCUAAUUUUUAUUUAUAAAUUAUAUAUUUGGUUGUUGAAACCAAAGUGUAUCUAUGUAUAAUGUCUAUGUAAAAAAAGGUCAUGAAUGUGUUUGGUGCAGCUCUACAAGAAAAUGUAAUUUUAUAUAUUAUGCAAAGUGCAAAUUGUCUCUACUUGCCUCCUUUUUAGAGACAUUACCUUAUUUUCUCACACAUUUACUGAAGUGGUUUCCCACACUGAGAAAUAUUUUUAAAAUAGUUCAAGCACUACCAAAAAUGAAUUUAAAUCUUAAGUCUCAGUGCAGGUGUGUGUGUGCUGCAGUAGAGAUUCUUGACCAAAUUAAAAGCUGAUGGUCAACACGCUGUGUACUUAAAGUAAGCCCUUAAAUAUAGAAGUAUGGGAAAAUAAACAAAUAAGGGGACCAUGUUGCCUAAGUAACCUUCUAUAGAAACCUGGGUAACACAGGAAAUGGUGACAUGCCUGCAUGUCGUCAUGCCAUGAAGUAUUGAGGAAGGCAUUGAUCCACAGUGGCUUCAUGUAGUCGAGAUGGGACAGGAGGCGAACUGGGAACAACUCUGGUGCUACAGCAGGUUGAGACAAGGCUUAGGAAUGUAAAACAAACUGGACCAAGAACAUCUCACUGACUGAGUUUGUUUUCAGGAUUUUCUCUUUACCUUCUCGUUCUUUUUUCAGGAUUUUUUUCUAUUUUUCUAUUCCUUCCUCUCUCGUGUGUGUUGUCUUGUUUGGCAAGGGUAGGAGUUUUUGAGUGUCAUUUGAGAUGGACCCUACCUCUAAUAAAACCCAGGUCAAGUUACUGUAAGCAGAAGAUAGCAUGUGAAUGCAUGUGGGCAAAGCACAAUGAACAAUGUGGCCAAUGUGAACAAUGUGGUCAGAUACUAAGGGAUGGGCUUUUUCAGAGAGUCUCUGCCUUUUAGUUUGUGGACUCUUCUGUCUGCUUUCCGUAUCUAUGAAUGAAUACACAGAGAGGACCUGCGUCGGUCACCACCUUCAACGUCUAUCUCUUUUCAAAAUAGAUUGAGGGGGGCUGACAACGCCCACCUGUGUAUAAACCCUUAAAGAAGCCAGAGAAUAUGUAAGCCUUCAUUCUCAAAAGGCCUCGCAUAGAGGGAAUCCAUUUUCAAAUGACUUACAGACUGGUGGGCUGUUGGACGCAGCCCUGAUCUGUAAAUGCAUACACACGCUACUGGCGCGUGAUGUGUAUGAUUGUACACUUGUGUCAUUGCCACUUUAUGCGGUAUAUUAACUAGGACAGUUCUGUGCAUUUUUUGUAGGUAAGAUGAUGUGUUGUUUGAGAAACAAUGUUGUAAUUAAACAAUGGAUAUAUAA